CCUGCGCUGGCAUCGAUGGCUUUGCUGGGGCUGCUCGUCCUGCUGGCCCUGGCCGGGCCCGUGGGGGGCACCUGGGACUCCUGCAGAGGCACCUGCGGGCUCCGGCCAUUGGAUUCUGACCACAGCCCUGCUGCUGGCACGUCCCAUGUGGGUGGCACCAGUGUCCCUUCAGGGUACUGGCCCGGCAUCGUCAGCAUCCAGGCCACCUGGGAGAACGGCACGUGGCACAUGUGCACGGGUGUCCUCCUCAGCUCCCAGUGGGUGCUCACGGUCGCACACUGCUUCGCCAGGGCCGGGGGCAUCUCCAUGUGGGACGUGGUGAUAGGGGCCACAGAUCUGAGGCAGCCAGGCCCUGAGGCUGUGGUGAGACGCAUCCAGAGGCUCCUGGUGCACCAGCACUACGUGGCUGCCACGGCCAGGAACGACAUUGCCCUGGUGGAGCUGGACCAGCCCGUGGAGUGCAGCGACUACAUCCAGCUGGGCUGUGUGCCCGACGCCUCACUCAGGGUCUCGGAGCUGAAAUCCUGCUACAUCGCCGGCUGGAACUUUGCCAGAACUCAGGGAACAGGCAUGGUGCUGCAGGAGUCCAAGGUCCACCUCAUGGACACAGAGCUCUGCAACAGCAGCCGGUGGUACGCGGGGGCCGUUCAUGCUGACAACGUGUGUGCUGGCUACCCGCAUGGGGCUAUUGACACCUGCAAGGGGGACAGCGGGGGUCCCCUGGUCUGCAAGGACAACAGAGCUGACUACUACUGGCUGGUGGGAUUGAACAGCUGGGGAAGAGGCUGUGACAGAGCCAGGCACCCCGGGAUCUACACCUCCACUCAGCACUUCUACAACUGGAUCCUGAUCCAGACGAGCCUGAGCCCUGCAGACAUAAGGGGUACAGCACCAGAGCCCAACUGCGCCCCGACUCCUGAGCCGGAGGUCACCAUGACUUCUGAGGAGACCCCGACGCCAGGGCCAGAGCCAGAGGAAGAAACAACACCAGUGCCAGAGCCGAGGCCAGAGCUGGUGGUGCCAGGGCCAGAGCUGACUCCAGAGCCGAUGCCAGAGGUGGAGCUGCCAGAGCUGGUGCCUGAGCCGGAGCCAGAGCUGGUGCCUGAGCCAGAGUCAGAGCUGGUGCCUGAGCCGGAGCCAGAGCUGGUGCCAGAGCCAACACCAGAGCCAACCAUUCCCCCGAUGCCCGAGGAGCCGGCGCCAACACCAGAACCAGAACCGGCACCGGAUCCGGACAGGCUUCUGCUGAUCUCGGUGCCGUACCAGAGCCUGGUGCAGUUCUGCAACCUGCUCAGGGAUUUCCUGCAGUUCCUGAGGGACCAGCUGGGCUGA